AUGAAGAUCGCUGAAGCAGGCACUUUGGAGGGCUCAGAGCUUGGCUGGGUUAGAGUUCCUAUAAACAAUUUCAGGUUUGUUUUGUGUGUGUGCGUGUAUGUGUGUUUUUAUUCAGAUACUCAACUCACAAAUGAAAAGCAUUCGGAUGAGAAAUCUGUUAAGGGCAUCGUUAUAAAUUCAGUAUCCGAAUUCAAUAUUGCCGACGCACCAUCCAAGGAAGCCCCCAAUGAGAAAAAACUGUCAGCAUCGAGCACAUCGCUAUCUUCUCUUGAGGAGUGCCAAGCUAAAUUCUCAUACCUCCAAAACGAUUCAUCAGUUCAUCAGAGAGACAAUGAUGAUGAAUGUGCCUCUCUUAUCCUCACCUGUCUCUUUUGCCAGUUUUUGGAUUGUCUUCUAAUGCUGCCUGAUACUUGCGAAACUGUGUGCAUAAAUACGUGCUGCCCAUCACAUCGAUAUCAUCAUGCCUCUGAUGAGAAUCACCCCAGAAACGACUGCAAUUGCAAUUGUGAUGUUGACUGUAGCCUGUUUGAAUCUUGCCACGAGACAAGCGAAUGCUUAGAGCUGGCCAUGGAGAUCUCAGAAAUCUGUUACCGCUAAACAUAAAAAAACCAGAUCCCCUAAAAACUCCGAUUUCCUAGAAAUGUCCCAUAUGACCAGGAUGUGAGGUCUAUUUGUGGCAAACAUCUUGGACUCUGUAUAGCGCAUUAUCUUGCCUCCAUUUGGGAAGAAUUGCAUUCUGCACGAAAGGUCCUCGUUUGCAAUUUGACAACUGCACGACACUGACAAAUACAAUCUUUAAUCAUAGAUGAGACUCAAAUCCAAAACAACCAACACAAAAUGUUUUCACUGAAUUCCGGCUUCCCAGCUGGCAUGCUAAUCCCCUCUUUCUGUGACUACAUUCACCGGCUCACACCACGGAUUCAGCCCUAUUCCCAAAUUCAGGGCAAACUGGGGCACUCUUUUAGGACUGACAUCCAUACAUUAGCUCCUCUUCUUAAUAGACUCAUACAUAAACAUCAUGCUUUGUUGGUUACUAUUAAUAAUGGAUGAUAGAACAUCAUUUCAUAAUUAAAAAUUUAUUUAUACAAUCCCUUAAAACUCCCUUAUAUGUUCAGUUUAGGUAGAAAAGGGAAUUAAAUGAUUAGGAACCAUGUUGCUGUAAUUACAGACGAUGUCUCUGAAACAUCUCUGGUGGAUUUGAAGUCUGACGUGCUUCAGCGGAGUGCUGUAAUUCUAGACCAUAUUAAUCUGUGUCUAUGAUUAUGCCAUAACAGGUUAUGUCUAUUUUUAAUUUGUUACAGGAAGGUUCUCCUUCGUUCUAAUGAGCAUUAAUGGGAACUGUGUGCAUGUUUCAGGAGGAGAAUGACCUCGCUUAAUCAAUUGCUUCUUUUCCUGAUUUCUGCUCGGAGGGUAAACAGGGGAUUGCAGAAGAAACUUCUUUUUUCCUGACCUGAAUUUCCACAAGCACUAAAAAGACAUGAAAAUACAGCUGUCCGUUUCGCAUGGAAUUCUCAGUGCGGAAUGUCAUUCGGAUACUAUGGACAGUUUUCCCCUUCCUGAUAAAGUUUGUAGUUAUUAAUAUUAAUAAAAAUUUUGACAAACAUAAUAUACUCUUAUGAUAACAAAGAACAUGAUACGAAAUAGAAAAUGGUUUCUUAGCUCAAAUCAGGGAAAUGAAAACAGACAAUUUCCUUUGAAAAUAUUUCUUGGUUAGAGUUAUUUGGAAAGUACCUUCAUUUCAGGAGACUCCAUUCUGUUGCCUUAAGCAAACAAUGUUGACAAAUUUGUUCUCAUGCUUUUUUUCCACCUGCCCUGCCAUUACUGCCCCUCUUCUUACCAAGAACAGUGAUGCUCCAGGCUCAGAUCUCCAGAGAAUCUGCCCACAUGCCCCAUUCUCUGUGCCUUUCCCCUCCCUCCCUGAUCAAUUUUGGCACUCUGCCCUGGGCCUGGGUGCUUCUGAUUAGUGGUUGAGUCAAUGAAAAUUCACUUUAAUCCACUCUAUCUAGUUAGACUCAAAUCCUUCUGAAGCUGUCUACUAGGACACCAAGGCCUGUUUAGCAGAGAUACCUUGACAUCUGCCCAGCAUAUGGCUUCCAACCUUCCCCAUGUCUUCCACUUCUUGAUACUGCUCUAAGAAUUACAAUUAAAUAUCCAUUGCUACUGAGCAAAGUGUAACAGUUUAUGGCUCCAUUCAUAAAACCUCUCCCUUGUCUAAACCCAAACUCCUUUCCCUAGCAAAUCCCUCCUUUACAUGUUAUGUCCUCCUAUUAGAAUGUAAGCCUCUUGAGGGCAGGAAUUGUCUUUAUUUUCCAUAAUUGUAUCCCCAUCAUUUAGCGCAGUGCCUGGCUUAUAGAAGGCAUUUCUUGAAUGUUCAUUAGCUAACUUAAUGAUGGGAAGACAACUAAUUAAUAAACUAUGUUUCCCAACUGCCAAUAAUUUUACACAAACAUCUAGAAACUAUCAGUCAUUGGUCCCAUCUUUCAUAUUCUCAAAAAGAUUUUGAGAAGCCUCUUCCAAAUAAUAAAUAUAACAACAAUAGCCUUAAAAAGCUAAAGAAUAGUUCAAUUAUAUCAGGUCCUCUUCUCCCAGUUGGAGUCAGUUGGCCCAAUAUUUGAGCGAAGUUUUCUUAUUCAUUUCAGCUCUGACUCAUAAGAUAAUGGGCUUAUCAUUAGAAAGGAUCUCAAAAUAUCUAAUCCAUCUCGUACAAGCCCUUCUGUAGUCAAAUGUCAAUAAAUAUUUAUUAAGCACCUUCUUUGUGCCAGGCACUGUGCUAAGUCCUAGAGAUACAGAUGCAAAAAAAAAAAAAAGCCCCUGCCUUCAAGGAGCUUACACUCUAACAUGGAAAGACAAGACACAAAAUGAGGGGAAUAUAGUAGGGGGGGAAAGGUUUUUAAAAGUCCCAAAUCACUUUAUAGAAAAGUAAAGUAAGGCUCAGGGGGGAUGAGUGACUUGUCCAAAGUCACACAUGUAGUAACUGUCAGAGUAGAGUUUGAACCCAGGUCCUCUGACUCCAGUUAGUAAUGCUGUUACUGUUGGGUUGUUUUUUUUUUUCCUCCUCCACUCUAUCAUAUGACCCAUCUGUGCUGAGUCAUAUCUGGUAAACCCAGGAAGGGAGGGAAAUACAAAGAAAAAUCUUAGAUGGGGAAAGGGAAGAAGAGUUGGACAUGGUGGCUAAUGAGCUGAAAAUGCCAGAAUCUGGAUGCAUCUUUGGGGAAUUUUUUGCAGCAAUGGAAUAUCUUCUUUAUGAAUGUAAAGAAUGUGACAGUCAUAGAGGAAGAGCAUCCUGGGGAUGUACAAACAUGUGCUUUUCCAUACACACACACACAUUCCAAAAGUGAUUUGAGAACAUGCAACUCUUUUAGAGAAUCGGGAACCGCGAUGUUCCCACAGCAAUAUAACCUCCCAGUCCCGUUCUCACGGCUUGGUUCCUCAAGUUUUAUGAAAACCACCACAUCUGUGUGAGGUGACAAAAUAUGGAAAGCCCAGCAAAAUAAAAUUACAUUUAACUCGUUAUUGAAA